AGACUGUGGUGAGAGAAGUCCUUCGUCAGCACACUGUCAGCAUACUGUCAGCAUAUUAUCAGCAGACUGUCACCACGUCAUCAGCACACUGUCACCCUGUCAUCAGCACACUGUCAGCCCAUCAUCAGCACUGUCAGCACAUCGUCAGAACAUCAGCACACUGUCAGCCCAUCAUCAGCACACCAUAACCACAGUCAGCACACCAUCAGCACACUGUCAGCAAGUCUUCACCCCCGUAACAGUCUGCCUGCCACCCCUGGUGCUGGUGCAGCAGCGAGGGUCUGAGGCGGGUGCCGUGCUGCGUCCUCACUGCUGCUGGCUUCUGUUGCAGUGGAGGCUGCAGGGCCGGGCAGCAGCCUGAGGGGCCAGGACCAGCAGGAGCAGCCUGCCACUGCUGUGAGGAUCAGUGCCAGACCAUGCACUACAGUACAGUGCAAUUCCUUCAUCAUAUUUGUGCCAAAGAAAAAAUUCAGUGCCAUAACUUUGAACAGCACCUUGCAUGCUCUGAUCAGGGGUGCUCAGUAGAACCACCACCACCACCACUUUGCAACUAGCAUCUCCAGUCAUAAAGGAAAGGUCGAGUUUGAGUGAGAGAAGAUUUGAGACCGAGAGCAAGUUCACCAGACACAUCCUUGCACACACUGCUGAAGGGAAGCAUGAGUGCCAAGAGUGUGGGAAAAGACUCCCUGGGAAGGGUGACCUCAACAAACACACCCACAUACUCUGGUGGAAGACCUCAUGAAUGCCAAGAGUGUGGCAAAGUGUUUGGUCAGAAGAGUGACCUUAAUAGACAUACCCUUACACACACUGGUGAAAGACCUCAUGAAUGCCUAGUGUGUGGCAAAGUGUUCAGUAGGAAGAGUGACCUUAACACACACACCCUUACACACACUGGUGAAAGACCUCAUGAAUGCCAAGAGUGUGGCAAAGUGUUCAGUAGGAAGAGUGACCGUAACAGACACACCCUUACACACACUGGUGAAAGACCUCAUGAAUGCCAAGAGUGUGGUAAAGUGUUCAGUAGGAAGAGUGACCUUAACAUACACACCCUUACACACACUGGUGAAAGACCUCAUGAAUGCCAAGAGUGUGGCAAAGUGUUCAGUAGGAAGAGUGACCUCAGCAAGCAUACCCUUACACACACUGGUGAAAGACCUCAUGAAUGUGAAGACUGUGGCAAAGUGUUCAGUAGGAAGAGUGACCUUAACAAGCACACCCUUACACACACUGGUGAAAGACCUCAUGAAUGCCAAGAGUGUGGCAAAGUGUUCACUCAGAAGAGUAACCUUAACACACACACCCUUACACACACUGGUGAAAGACCUCAUAAAUGCCAAGAGUGUGGCAAAGUGUUCAGUAGGAAGAGUAGCCUUAACACACACACCCUUACACACACUGGCAAAAGACCUCAUGAAUGCCAAGAGUGUAGCAAAGUGUUCAGUAGGAAGAGUGACCUUAACAGACACACCCUUACACACACUGGUGAAAGACCUCAUGAAUGCCAAGAGUGUGGCAAAGUGUUCACAUACAAGAGUCACCUUAACACACACACACUUACACACACUGGUGAAAGACCUCAUGAAUGCCUAGUGUGUGGCAAAGUGUUCAGUAGGAAGAGUAACCUUAACACACACACCCUUACACACACUGGUGAAAGACCUCAUGAAUGCCAAGAGUGUGGCAAAGUGUUCAAUAGGAAGAGUGACCUUAACACACACACCCUUACACACACUGGUGAAAGACCUCAUGAAUGCCAAGAGUGUGGCAAAGUGUUCAAUAAGAAGAGUCACCUUAACACACACACACUUACACACACUUGUGAAAGACCUCAUGAAUGCCAAGAGUGUGGAAAAGCGUUCAGACACAAGAGUAACCUAAAACAACACACCCUUACACACACUGGUGAAAAACCUCAUGAAUGCCCUGAGUGUGACAGAAGGUUCAGUGUGAAGAGUGAACUAAAUAGACACAUAUUUACACACACUGGUGAAAGACCUCACGAAUGCCUUGAGUGUGACAGAAGGUUCUUUUGUAAAUCUGCUUUGAACAACCACGUUGUCACACACUCUGAUCUGAGAGAGUUCAAGUGUGAUGUUUGUCUAAAACAUUUCAAGACCAAGCGGAGUAUUGCCAGGCACAUGAAGAUCCACUUCCCCAGAGGUGUUGUGUGGUGCUGCUGUAUGUGGUGGUGGUGGAGGACAGUGUUUGGCAACCCCGCCCUGCCUGAAGAACAAGAAGAAAGAGAAGACAAAGAGAGCAAGACAGACAUGGAGGAACAACAAGAACAGAAAAGAAAGAAAGCAAUGAAAGACUAGUGAAAGAAAGAAGAGAAAGAUGGACAAGAAAAUAUUACGAAAAAGCACGAACAGAAAG